CUCUUUAGGUUCCUGAUUUUAGACACCUGCUCCCAUUAUUAUUUUGAAACGGUAAUUUUUUAAAUUAAUGUCCAGGUCACCUGAGUUGUAUACAAAGAGUUUUUUUUGCUCUUGCAUCUUUCCCCAGAGGUGGUGCAGCAGCCUCUUGGUCAGCUCACCCAACCAAGUUUACCUUUGGCGCUGAUGAGUAAGUAACAACAUAGGAGGUGUGGGCAGGCAUCCUUUCACUGAAGCUGUUUACGUUCAAUAGUUGGGGAUUUUUUUUUUCCUUUGUACUGUGCAGUUUUUUUGACAGUUCUAAUUUACCGUGAUGUGGUCAGUGCUGUUUCCUUCCGGCUGCUUGCGAGCCUCUGGUAGAGAUAAGGGUACGUUUACAGUGCAUUUUUAGCGUGAAGCUGAAGAUCUGCUUCAUGUAGGAACACGGGCACUCUCUGGAUUGUACAAAGAAUUUAUUUAUUGGUUUCAUCAUGUUGACAUGGGGAUUCAAGAUCCAGAACAUUUUACUUGCAAAAAAAAAAAACAACUUUGUUAAAUUUGAACUGUGUGUAAAGAAGGAAUGUGAGAUACUUGGGAUAUCCUACAGCUGAGUAGUGGUAAAGUGUAUCGAGGCGGGAAGAACAACUCAGGAAAGGAUUUGCCUUGGUUUGUUCUGCUUUGAGAAGAGAAGAACCCAGGAACACUGAUGAUCUAAGAAACACAAACAUUGAUACUCGAUUCAUUUUGCGAACCUGACUUUCUGUCCAGCGGGACCUUAGUGAAGCUCUCUGUUCUUUCACAUUCAAGACCAUUUUUCUUUGUAUGUGGAGCGGAGACCUGGGAAUGCGUUAUUAUGGCAGCAGUUGUACAGCAGAAUGAGCUUGUGUUUGAAUUUGCCAGCAACGUCAUGGAGGAUGAGCAGCAGCUUGGUGAUCCAUCUAUUUUUCCUGCUGUCAUCGUGGAGCAUGUUCCUAGUGCAGAACUCCUACAUAACUACUCUGGCUUAACCUGCGUGGAUGAACCUAGUGACAUGAUCACUGAGAACUCUCUGGAUGUUGCAGAAGAGCAGAUCAUAGAAGAUGAUGAUAUCACCCUCACAGUUGAAGCAUCUUGUCAUAAUGGAGGUGAAACAAUGGAAACAAUUGAGGCUGCUGAAGCACUUCUUAAUAUGGACUCCCCUGAUCCUAUGUUGGAUGAAAAAAGAAUGGCAACUAUGUUUGGUGCAACUGAAGAGGAAGAAAUGGUGCCUCCUAUCACACACGUGUCAGUCACGCUCGAUGGGAUUCCUGAAGUAGUGGAAGUUCACCAAGCCUCAGACCCUUAUGCUGAGUCACCAGAGACUCCAGAAUUUGAACAACCAAAGAAGAAAAAAGGGAAGAAACCAAAACCCUCUCGUUCUGAGUCACCUACUACAACUCCAAACAUAUCUGUGAAAAAGAAAAACAAAGAUGGAAAGGGAAAUACCAUUUAUCUCUGGGAGUUCUUACUAGCACUGCUCCAGGACAAAGCUACAUGUCCUAAAUAUAUCAAAUGGACUCAAAGAGAGAAGGGCAUUUUCAAACUGGUAGAUUCCAAAGCUGUGUCCAGAUUGUGGGGAAAACACAAAAACAAACCUGACAUGAAUUAUGAAACAAUGGGUAGGGCUCUCAGAUACUACUACCAAAGGGGAAUCCUUGCUAAAGUAGAAGGUCAGCGCCUGGUGUAUCAAUUUAAAGACAUGCCAAAAGAUCUCAUCUAUAUUGAUGAUGAAGAUGCCAGCCCUAGCACUGAAUCAUCAGAUUCAGCUCUGCUCUCACCUGCUGUGGCCAACAGAAACCAAUCAAGCAGAACUAGAGCGUCUGCAAAUGGAGGGACAAAGGGAGGAUCAACCUCAGUGGUAAAAACAGGAAACUCGAAGCCUGCUAAGCUGAAGGAGCAAGUAGAAGUUGUACAGCAGCAGACACCUGGCUUGACUUCAGAAGUUUUGAGGACAAUGCAAUCUCCACAGCCAGUACAACCCACUCAGCUUUUUCGGACAGUUCAUGUAAUGCAGCCAUUGCAGCCCCUCGCAGAAGGACAAGCAGCCGUAACUAAUAAUGUUCCAGAUGAAUCGUUAAAUUCCUCAGUUCAGAAUAUAAGCAGGACUUUGCAGACUCCAACACAGGUUCCAGUGGUUGUUUCUCCUGGAAAUCAGCAGCUGCAUGCUGUAACACUCCAGACAGUGCCUCUUACUACAGUGAUAGCCAGCACAGAUCCAGCCUCAGUAACAACAGCACAGAAAUUCAUUUUACAAGCCAUUCCUACUUCCCAGCCCAUGACGGUUCUUAAAGAAAACAUCAUGCUACAGUCUCAGAAGCCAGUCUCGCCUCCUUCCUCGAUUGUGCUGAGCCCAGCACAAGUUCAGCAGGUGCUCACCAGCAGCGUGCAGACAAUUUGCAAUGGAACAGUCAACAUGGCUUCAUCUCCAUCCUUCAGUGCCACCACCCCUGUGGUGACGUUCUCACCCAGCAGCUCACAGGUGGUGUCUCAGCCAUCAGGCACGGUGAUCACUUCGGUCAUUAAAGCACCGGACAUGAAGCAGGUUGACCUACAAGAAGAGGAAAAGGAGGAGAGUGACAAAGCAGAAGAUACUGAGCAGUCAGAUCAGAGAUUCCAGCAGCAACCAUUUGUGAUGGUAGUGUCCAGUUCAAAUAAUUUCCCAUCUAACAUGCAAGUGAAGCAAGAAAAUGAGCCAUUGGAACCCAAUUUGUAUUGAUAAUUAAAUAAUUUUUAAAAAACUCCUGUGGAUGAUUAUUUUCAUAAAUGUGAUGGGACCUUUUCAGUUAUGUAUAUAUUAUUUGAUUCUGAAGCAUGAUUGUUGCAAAGCUACUAAAAUUCUGCAGUUAAUUCUUAGAAUUCAUGCUUUAAGAUGGAUUUUGAUUUUCUGUUAAAUGCUAAAUGUUAUCAUAUAAAUAAAAUUAUAUAUUAAUCAUUUUUCAAAGGCAUGAAGGAACAUGCUUUUUAUUCUAUGAAGACUUCCUCCUGAGGUUGUUGGCCAAAGUUUCAAACUUCUCUUAUUUUGGUGUCAGUCUGUUGCUGAUUUACAUUACAGUAAUGUUAUUGUAACCUUUUCUGUUUAAUCUGUAUGUGUAUCACCUUUGGAAGCAGCAGUUAGUUUUAGUAAGACAGUUUCAUUCCAUGUGUCUGAAUUUUUGUGAUCGAGUACCUGUUUCAUAUCAGUGAAUGACAUCAGUUUUAGACUUUGAUAACCAGGUAUCCUCUUGGAUUUUUUGCAGCACAAGUUCUUGUGUGUGCAAAAUUGAAUAUACACUCCUACUGAGAGUAUUCAAAACAUAUAUUCCAGAAAUGGACAAUGCCAUGUCUAUAUUUUAUAUGGAAACAUCAGAUAUAUUUAAUUACAGAAGCUAACGGCAUCACUACAGGUGCAAAUGUUUUAUGCCAUUUUGCAACUAUGAAGCUUAACAAUCUUGCUUUCUACUUCAGAUUAUUUUGUAAGGGGGGAGGGAAAUUAAAUAUAUACAAUUUAUGCAGGUUUUUGGAGAUUAAUACUGCUAAGAGUUCUUGGUUUUGAUUGUAAAUACUGUAUAUUCAAUGUUGCAGGGAAGUUUUUUCAGCUAAUUUUUUCCAUACAAACUUUUGAUAGAUGCAAAUAAGAUCAAUAAGAUCGUUAUGUUUAGAGGUCUAAUGUUAUAUGUAUUCAUAUUACUGAGUGACUUUGUAUUUAAAGACAAAUUUUUAAAUGAUGGAGCCCAUUGAACCUUGGGUUCUUCUUUUGUAUUUUUAAUUGGUUUAUUAUGAAAAUAAAUCAAAUGGAAAAAACA